GGCGACGGGAGGCGGGGAAAAGCGACGCAAGCAGUCGCGACGCCAUUUGCUGCCGCCGAGCGUGGACGCUGGCGGAUCUCUGAAGAGCUCGGUUGCGAUCCUCUCUCGCGCACGUUGCCUAGCCUCUAGCACCUCCUUGGUCCCGCGCACUCCCUCGUGUCGCCCCUCGGAGCAGCAACCGCCUCGGUCGCCGUUACCCGGAAAGAAGUCAGAGACCCCGCGAGGUCGCCGCCACCGCCAUGCCCAAGAAUAAAGGUAAAGGAGGUAAAAAUAGACGCAGAGGUAAGAAUGAGAAUGAAUCUGAAAAAAGAGAACUGGUGUUCAAAGAGGAUGGUCAGGAGUAUGCUCAGGUAAUCAAAAUGUUGGGAAAUGGACGGCUAGAAGCAAUGUGUUUUGAUGGUGUAAAGAGGUUAUGUCACAUCAGAGGAAAAUUGAGAAAAAAGGUUUGGAUAAAUACCUCGGACAUUAUAUUGGUCGGUCUCCGAGACUACCAGGAUAACAAAGCUGAUGUGAUUUUAAAAUACAAUGCAGAUGAAGCUAGAAGUCUGAAGGCAUACGGCGAGCUUCCAGAGCAUGCUAAAAUCAAUGAAACUGAUACAUUUGGUCCUGGAGAUGAUGAUGAAAUUCAGUUCGAUGACAUCGGAGAUGAUGAUGAAGAUAUUGAUGACAUCUAAAUUGAACUCAACAUUUUACAUUCCAUCUUUUCUGGAUUGUCCUACAAUUUGGAUUUUGACCAUGACAAAGAAGAUUAAAAUUUCAUUAGCAUGAAUGCAAUUUGUUAAAGCAGACUGAUUUGUUUCUAAGGUAUUUCUUGUUUUUUAAAAAACUGAUAAUGCUGAAUUAUCUUAAGUGAGAUGGUAAGCCCACUUUGUUCUUUUAAUGUAAUGGAGCUUAUGGAUAGAAGACCAUGUCUACUAAUUACAAAAAAAAAAAUAUGCAUUGCUGCUUUUCCUACCACUUCCAAUAAGAAAAUGGGUGUUUUGAAGAAAUCAUUUGCCUUGUCCUCACAGAAUAUGAUUAAGCCCUGGCCUCUUGAUUGUAUAGAGUCAUUGUGUAUAUAUUUCAAUUACCUAGAUAUUCCCUUGAGAUUUGAUAAAAUUUGAGGGAGGCAGAAAUCUGCAUUUGAAGAAAAAAAAAAAAUUAAGUCUGUUUGUCAUAUUUAAGUAGCCUGUGGCUAUUUUUAUACUGAUUUUGAUAUCAUGUGUUCUUUUCGUAGUCGUAUUUUGCCACCAUAAACAUAAAAAAAAAAAGUAUCUCCAAAAUGCAGUUUCAGAACCUGGGUUUUAAUAGCAAUUUUGAAUUUGUAAGCUUAGUAGUUGCAGAAAUUGAACACUAGGUGGCACUCAGUUAUCGUAACAGUGGAAGUACUGAUAUAAUUGUUGACUUUUCUUUUACUAUGUGUAAGAAAUACGCCAAACAUGAAAAGAAUUGUUUUGAUCAUAUGCAUGUAUGUAGAAUAUUUUUACAGAGCAGAAAGAUUAUGUUAGAAGUGUGAUUUUUAUUUUCAGAAGUCAUGUACAUGUAAGUAAGCUACAAUUUUGAGUGCUUUAUAAACACUUAAGAUAUAUAUAAAUUAAUUUCAUAGCAACUUGUAAAAAAAAAAAAAAAACUUGUUGAAAAGCCUUUUUCAACAUAUCCCUAAACUAAGGGAAGAGGAAGGAAUAACAUCUCAAUGAAAAGAUGGUCUCCAAUUUCUGAAUGGAAAAGCUACAGCUGAGAAAUAAAAUAAAAUGUCGUGCUGCAGAAUAUGUUAUACCCUUAUUUUGUGUUAAGGAUAUAUUUUAUUAUGUGAAUGGUUUUGGUUUUGUUUUCUGUUUUUGUUUUUUGCUUGUAUUGGGAGCUAGCUUUACUGGUAACUUCCUUAUUUAGUUUUUAGUGGUCAACUCAAAAUGAAACUAGGGCUGAGCUAGUUAACCCUCACUAGCCAAGCUGAAAUUGUAUGCAACAUUAAAAGAAGAGAUCUAUCAUGUAGCUUGUGACACUUUUAUUUUAUUAGUCACCGGGGAACUUUUCAGUGAUGAAAAUACACAGGGCAAUAAACCUUCACAUGGCUUCAAAAGGAAAACAAACAAAUCUUCUCUAAUCUGCUCUUACUAUAAUUUCCUAAGUGUACACCAAACUCUGGAUUUAAAGAUCUGAGGUACUAUAGAACAUUAAGUUGAGGAAUAGAAAUUAAGAGUACACAUUCAUGGUUUAUAUUUCUUAUUCUAUGGAGUUCCUGAACACAUCUAGGUGGAAUGCAUCUGAGACUAAGGGCUGGUUUUUAAUCCUCAUCCUCAUAAGAAACCAGCCUUGAAGAAUAACAAUUGUCUUCAUUGGUAUUCUAAACCUCCUAAGAUAUUUAGGCUUCUGUACAUAAAAGUGUUUUUGCUAAAUUUACAGUAUGUAUAGGUCCUUUCAUAUUAUUUUACUAAGAAUGUUUGAACUUGGCAUAUUUGAUAUAGUUCCUCGUAGGAAUAGCACAGCUCAAACAUCAGUUUUUCUACUUAACACAUGUGGUUUGUCUGGAGAGUUUCUAAAAAUUCACCUAUAACCCCAGUUCAUGUAUUUGCUGGUGAUUGUUCUUGCUGAGGUA